CAAAGGGGACAUAUUAACUCCAUGAACAAGUGAAUACAACGUGCCCUGACAACUGCCACCCCGGGGGGACACACUUCCUCUUUGUGCAACAAUCCCAUGGGGACACCCCGGUUUAAACUACCCCGUCACACUUGAUCGGGCACUGGGACACACUCGGCCUGUGUGUGUGUGUGUGUGUUGUCAACAAGGGACGUCUGUUCUCCACGUUUCUACUGAGUUGUUUGAUGUAGAUAUUUAUUACACAGGCCUCCGCCGUAGCGUGUUGUGUAAGGAUGUAACUGGAUGUUACUGUGCUCCGACGUGAGGUGUCUGACGUCAGGGGGACCAGAGCCAUGUUUGUGUCCCCGAGACAACUUCGUCUAGCAGUCUGCAUGAUUACAAUGCUGAGCGGCGCAAGUGCACACAGUGACAAAAAUCCAGUAAUCCUGUGGUGGGACCCUAUGGGUAACAUUGACCGACAUACGACAUGUGGGAACUGCACGUGCCAGGUCACUGCCAACAGAGCCCGGAUGACGGAACAAAGUCACAUGGCAUAUAUUUUUGAUGGUACUAGCUUUGGAGAGACGGGAUUUCCAUUUCCAAGACAACGUGGGCAUAUAUGGGGUCUGUUUAUGAACGAAUCGCCUAAAAAUAAUGAAUGGCUUAUGAGCCAAGAUGAUGUUAUCUCCCUUUUCAACUACACCUCGACCUUCCGAAGAGAAAGUCACUGUCCGUUUCCAACACAGUGGUUAGCAGAUAUUGACAAUUUGAUUGACGUAACCUAUUUAGUGCGGACGUCAGAGAAGACAAGGCUGAGGAAAGAAGGACUAGCGCCAAUUAUAUUUGUUCACACUGAUUGUUGGACGCCGUCUGAUAGAUCGAAGUACAUGAAAAUGUUACAGAAAUAUGUUCCAGUUGAUUCUUACGGACCCUGUGAACAUAACAAAGAUUUUCCAAACAGUACCAUCAUUGGCAACAUGGCCGGGAUGCUUGCCCCCGAGUUUUACAGAUUCGUCGCACAGUACAAGUUCGCGUUUGCCUUCGAAAACGCCGUGUGUCAUGAUUACAUAACGGAGAAACUGUGGCGCCCACUGAUAGCGGGGACUGUGCCUAUUGUGUUCGGGUCGCCCACUGUGAAGGAUUACCUUCCUGCUGAAAAAUCCGCCAUUGUGAUAACUGACUUCAAGAACAUAGAGGACGUGGCUCGCCAUAUUAACUACCUGGACCAACACGACGAGGAAUAUGAAAAGUAUUUACAAUAUAAAAAAACUGGAAUUAAAAAUAAAUACCUGUUGGAAGUCAACCGAAAGACGAGACUGACUGAUGGGACAGGUAUUUUCAGAAAGUUUGAAUGUUUCCUUUGCCAAAAAUUGCAUGAUGCCAUCAGAAAGCAAGAUGAGGAUGCGCCUGUUUCCAAAGGGGAGAGACGUCAUUACGGUUGCCCUGCGCCGAUGUCGUUUAAUGUUGAUGGACACUAUGUUGUGCCGAGAAACUCUAGAAACAGUGCCUACGAGAAAGCAAGACACCGAUCUAAAGCAAUUAAAUAUUUUCAUGACCGAAAUAUCAACGCUACCUUUGAUGACAUAGAAAAUUAUUCCAAAGAUUUAAGAAAAACAUGCCACUAUGUGCACGACGAAUUGUAAUGCUUCCCCACAUCAUUAAACUGAAUGCAGCGUUCGUCA